UCCUGCGUCUGCGUGGAGAUGGUAGAAGAGAGAGUCCGCGUGGUUCGCUGCGGCGGUAGCCGGCUGAAUUUCAGGAGAGCGGUGUUCUCUGUGGAUUCCAAGUAUAUCUUCUGUGUCUCAGGAGACUUUGUUAAGGUCUACAGCACAGCCACAGAAGAGUGUGUACACAUUCUGCAUGGGCACAAACAUCUGGUGUCUGGAAUCCUCAUCAACCCCAACAACCAUCUGCAGCUCUAUUCCUGUUCCUUUGAUGGCACAAUUAAGCUGUGGGACUAUCUUGAUGGCAUUUUGAUAAAGACUUUCACUGUUGGACCUAAACUCCAUGCCCUCUUUAUUCCUCCCCAUGCCGAAGAUUCCGCCUUCCUUACAAUAAGUAAAGAAGAGCCAGACAUAUUUCAGCUGGUAUCAGUGAAACUGCCCAAAUCAACAAGCCGGGAUGUGGAAGCUAAGGAGCUCACCUUCGUUUUGGAUUACAUAAACAGGUCCCCCAAGUGCAUUGCCUUCGGGAAUGAGGGAGAAUAUGUUGCUGCAGUUCGGGACUUUUACUUAUCUGUUUAUUUUUUAAAAAAGAAAAAAACAUGCAAUUUUACUUUACCAUCAACAAAAAACAAGAAGAAUGCAAACAACAAGUUCACAUGUGUAGCCUGCCACCCAAAGGAAGAUUGCAUUGCAUCUGGUCACAUGGACGGCAAAAUCCGCCUUUGGAGGAAUUUUCAUGAUGAUAAGAAGUACACAUAUACAUGUUUGCAUUGGCACCACGACAUGGUUAUGGAUUUGGCUUUUACAGUAUCAGGCACCAGUCUGCUGAGUGGUGGGCGGGAGUGUGUGCUUGUGGAGUGGCGAGACGGAUCAGAGAAGAACAAAGAAUUUCUUCCUCGAUUAGGAUCUUCUAUUGAGCACAUCUCUGUCUCACCUGCGGGAGAUUUGUUCUGUACUUCUCACUCUGAUAACAAGAUAACAGUUAUUCACCGAAAUCUUGAUGCAUCUGCCGUAAUUCAAGGCCUAGUAAAAGAUAGGAGUGUAUCUACUGGUUUGAUGGUUGACCCAAGAACCAAAGCUUUAGUUUUGAAUGGAAAGCCUGGUCACCUGCAGUUUUAUUCUCUCCAGGGUGAUAAGCAGUUAUAUAAUCUAGAUAUCAUACAGCAAGAGUACAUCAAUGAUGAGGGUCUAAUCCAAAUUGAACUAACGAAGGCCGCCUUCGGCUGCUCUGGUACUUGGUUGGCAACAGUCGAACAACGGCAGGAAAGUGAGAACGAACUGGAGCUGCAGAUGAAACUGUGGAGCUACAGCAAGAAAACCCAAGGGUUUGUUCUUAACACAAAGAUCACCAUGCCACAUGAUGACCACAUCACAGCUCUCUGCUUCAAUAAUGCAGAAAACUAUGAAAAACCCGUACUGGUCACAGCUAGUAAAGAUGGCCACUUCAAAGUGUGGAUAUUAACAGAUGACUCUGAUAUAUACAAAAAAGCCAUUGGCUGGACUUGUGACUUUGUGGGUAGUUACCAUAAGUAUCAAGCAACCAAUUGCUGUUUCUCUGAAGAUGGCUCCUUACUAGCAGUUAGUUUUGAGGAAAUAGUUACAAUAUGGGACUCAGAAACAUGGGAACUGAAAUGUACAUUUUGCCAACGAGCUGGGAAAAUAAGGCACCUUUGCUUUGGAAGACUGACGUGCUCAAAGUAUCUUCUCGGCACUACUGAGAAGGAUAUUCUCUGCUGUUGGAAUCUGCUCAGUUGUUCAAUACAGUGGAGUGCAAAAUUAAAUGUUAGAGUUAUGGAACCUGACCCUUACUCAGACCAUGUUGCUGCAGUGGCUCAGUCUUCAGCCGGCUCAGACUUGUUUGUAUUUAAACCUAGUGAGCCAAGGCCAUUGUUUAUUCAAAAGAAUGUCUCCAGAGAGGAAGUCCAAUGGGGAGUGUUUGUUCCACGAGAUGUCCCGGAAUCAUUCACCUCAGAAGCUCACCAGUGGCUAAAUAGAUCUCAGUUUUACUUCCUAACUAAAUCACAGUGCUUAUUAACAUUCAGUACAAUGUCUCCUGAAGAGAAACUCACACCAACAAGCAGACAGCUGCUGGCAGAAGAAAGUUUGCCAACGACCCCAUUUUCUUUUAUAUUGGGAAAACACAGACAACAGCAGGAUGCAAAGUUAACUGAAACUUCAGAGAAUGAAUUGGUACAACUCCCCUUAACAGAAAAUAUACCUGCAAUUACUGAGCUUCUUCACACCCCUGCCCACGUACUGCCAUCAGCUUCUUUCCUGUGCUCUCUGUUUGUAAACUCACUGCUGCUGUCUAAAGAGACUAAAAGCACUGAAGAAAUUCCGGAUGUAGAUAUGGACGGAACCAAAGAAAGUGAUGAUUCAGAUGAAGAAUAUGAUCUUACUGAAAAAGCCAAGGAAACAAAUAACACGGACUUGGGAGAAGAUGCUCUACAUCAGCUGUCAAAAUCUGAAGAGAAAGAGCUGAGAAAAUUCAGAAAAGUAGACUAUAGCUGGCUAGCUGCUCUGUAGGCCAUGGUUGUGGCAUGGCAGAGACAUGUUGUACUGUCUGUUAAUACUCCAAAAAAAAUUUAAAGUUAUUUUAUUCUUAAGACAAACUAUUUAAAAGUCUUUUGUUUAUUUGCUUGUUUGUUUAUUUGCUUGAAAAGUUGCUUAGGCUAACCCUAAACUUGGGAUUCUUCUUUCUCGUCCCCUAAAUCAGUAGGAUGAUAGGCCUGUUACUCUCAGGUCUGGCCAAGCAUGUUUGUUUGUUUAGAUUUUUUUAUUUUUUGUGUAUGAAUGUUUUCCUUGAAUGUAUGUAUAUGUACCACUGGCUACUCUGGUGCUUGUUAAAUCAGAAAAGGGCAUCAAGCCCCUGGAACUAGUUACCCAUGAUUAUGAGCCAUCAUAAGGGUGCUGGGAAUCAAACCCUGGUCCUCUGCAGGAGCAGCAAGUUGUCUAAACCACCAGCCCAACUCUCCAGCCUCCUGGUCAGUCUUUUUAAGAAAGCUUUGUAAACCCCUAUUUGUGUCAGAUGUUAUAAGCAGUUACAGAGUAUAUGCAUUUGUCACAUCUGGAUUUCUAUUUUGAAUCACAAAGAAACCUUGUUUCUGGUAGGUUUUGUUUUGACAGAGCUGACUGUAAUUGACACAUAUACCCUUAUCGUUAAUUUGAAGGUAUAAAAAGAUUUCAGAAGUCAAGAGGCUUUACCAAUAAUGACACCAAGAAUUAUUCCCACACCAGACAUGAUUUCCUUCUGGUUGUAUUUCCCAGCUUUUGCCACUACAAGACAGCAUAAGAAGCAUUAUGUUAAUAGUAACACAAAUGGACUAUAUUUUAUCAACACAAAAUAUCUAUUAUACUGAGAUAUAACUCCUAAUUCAUGCAUAUAAAGUGAACAAUUCCAUGAGGUCUGGUAUACUUACAGAAUUCUAUAACAUAGAAACCAACUCUUAAGUAGUUUCAUCUCUGUAACCCCCAACAACAAAACAAACCUUCCACUUCUUUCAACCUCCAUACCUUGCCUGCUAGGUGGCACUAAUCUAUCUUGAUGAAUUUGCUGCAUGUGAACAGUUUGUAUCAGUGGAGUCAUGCAGUGUGAGCUCUUAUGAUAGGCUGCUUUUAUCCUUUUGAUUUCUUCAUUGUAGUGUGUUUCAAAGGGUGAGAGACUAUUUUGUCCAUGGUCAGCUGACUCAGUUUUCACAGACUGGUUCAUUUGUCUUCGCAUCUUUUGAAAUGACACUCAUAAAUCACCUGUACCACUGAACAUUGCUUCAUAGCCUGAUGCAUUAAUCGUAUGUCCCUUUGGAAGAAUGAGUUGCUCACUGUUUUAAGGCUAUUUAAAAUUACUGUUGGGUGUAGGAAGUUAUGAGGGCAGUACCCACAGAGGCCACUAGAGGGGAUCUGACUCUCCCAGAGCUAGAGUUACAUCAGGUAAGCAGCCUGACAUGAUGAUACUGAGAAUUGAACUGGAGUCUUCUGCAAUAACAGGACACGCUCAAACCACUAAGCCACCUCUCCAGCCCUAAUUUUUUAACCAAAUUUAAAUUCACAACAAAAUAAGGAAAAGAUUAAUGAGAUUCCUCGGAAAUCCCCUCCCCUACACAUGAAUAACUUCCUCAUUUUCAACACAACCAGCGAAAUGAUAACAUCUGUUAGAACUGAUGAACCUGCAUUAGCAAUGACAAAAGACUCACAAAAAUAACUUCUUUCCUUUUGCCUUUACCAAGGCAUGGACGGCACUUCUGUGUUUGUGAUGAAAAGUACAGCUGUCCUAGAAGUACAUGAACUGAAUGGAACUAAUGGACAGACCACAGGCUACAUAUGCCGCAUGUGUCUCAUGCGUUCCUCUUACAAUUCAGUGUGUCAGCUACUUACUACCUUAAUUUGACAGGGUGGAGGGCUGCACUGGAUGAUGGUCUAUGAGAAGUGAAAUUAAAACACAAGAAUUAUGCCUGACAAAACACAAAUGGUGACCACUUCUAGAAUAAAACUGUCUCAAGGCACAACAACUAUCUGUCACUGGGAAAGACCUGAACUAAACACAAAAUGGGCCAGAUAGAGGGCUAAUCCCAACUGAAAACUAGAGCAACCUGGCAUUGAACCAGCUAAAGUCCUUUAAACUCUCUGAGCUUCGACGCCUUCAUUUGUAAAAGUCUCCCCAACAGACAGCUUUGUUUUCCUCAUUAGUUAUGUUGCAGACAGGUGUGUGUGGAGGGGUGUAAUGUAUAACAUGCACUGGAGAAUAAAUCAAUUGUGUUAAAAAGUAAGUUUAUUGGAGAGUUGCUAUUAAAACAGGCCUUUUGUUAA